AUGGCCCUUGUGGCCGGUCUUGUGAAUAGCCUGCCUUACGAUAUCUACCUGCUUAUCUUUCUCUGCCUGGAUGACCUGCGCGAUGUCCUUGCACUCAAACAGGUCAAUCGUGUCCUACACGCCUGCGGCUCCAGUGACUACCUCUGGCACCAUAUCUCCAGACGACUGCGUGUCCCUCUCGACGUGUCACCCGCGGUCCCGACCACAUCUUUAUCAGGAUCAGAACUCCAACACCUCGUACUGCGCGCCUUACAACUAGAACACAACUGGAAGCGGCCCGACCCUCGAAUACGGCGCUACAGAUCGCUGGACUGCUCCUCGGCCGCAGCCAUAGAUGAAAUGUUUCUGCUCAAUCGUGCGCGCUGGCUGGUUACUGCACAGCGUACGCGCCGCAACGGCUCGCCCGUGGCCCAGAUCUGUCUCUGGGCUUUGGGCGACUCGAACACGUUCAAGCCGUACUGUGCCGCCUCGCUCGAAAUACCGGGGCGAUAUCGCAAGAUCGCCGCGGUGGUGGACGAUGAACGUGAAGUGGCCACGUUUGCCAUCAAUACAGAUGCGGACAAACUCACCGACGACAUCCUACAAGUCCACGAACUGCAUCUCCUGCAGCGCCACGAGACCAUCGGUCUCUCGCGUACGCGCACCGAUGCGCAACACCGCGCUUUCACGCGGCCCAGAGGGGCGAAGGGUAUAAUCCAGGAUCUGGCGGCCGAGGGCGACCUCGUUGCGGCGGUGUUCAUCGACUUUGACGCGGAAUUCCCGGGCAACGCGUACCAGAUCUUCCUAAUCAACACGCAGACGUGGGCCACGGAGCUUCUGCAUCCCACGUUUGACCAGCCGGUCAACCGCCUCAAUCUGAGGUUGACGCCUAGUAGGAUCAUACUGGUCGGCGCGACCGCGGACACGAUCGUUCUGCGUGGUCUUGCCCUACCAUCUCAAGUCACGGAUGGCACCCCAAACGCGGACCAACACCAGUUUCAAUACCGGCCCACAGACGACGGCGAGACCGUCGACGAUCUGGGCUUCCUCACGUCCAUGUCCAUCUCGUCCUGCCCGAACCCCAUAGACUCCGACACGCUCAUCUUCCACUCGAUGACAGCGCCGGACGUUCUGUCGCUGCUCUUUGUUGACCUCCAAGACUCGAUGCCCGGACACGGUCACCUCGUCCGACUGUUCUUCAACCAAGAUCGAGCCGCUUCACCCUCAGAAGCCGAAGAUGGUCGUGCAGGAUACCUGAACGAGAGCGUCCGCCAAGACCGACCCUUCCCAAUGCCCCCCGAAACGACCGUCAAGCUCGUCCGCAUCGGCGCCACAGGCCGCCGAGCGAUAUGGAUCGAGCACAACUGGGAAUUCGAAGAGACGCGUGUGAUGCGUGCGCAUUUCCCCAUCGAGGACCCGGAAAAUAGUUUGGUUGGGGUACUGAUACCUGCUAUACCGGUCAAUCCUGCGUUGCCGUUUACGCCGAGGGCGGCGCAAAGCCUGGCGUUUGAUGAGGUUACGGGGCGGCCGUGUAUGGAGCAAGAAACGGAACAAUUCGUCCGCGCGAUCGUGAUCGCGGCGGACCCUUCGCAGGGCGCGUUGCACAAGCAGGCCAUCGAGUAUCUGCAGACUAUCCAGGCGAACGUCAAGGAGACGUGGCAGCUGGCGCUCAACGUUUUUGUUGCGCAGGGGCCUGUUGGGACGAGGAGGCAUCCGGUGGAGGCCAGGUUCUUCGCGUUGAAGGUGUUGGACGAAUUUUUGGACGGAAAAUACGACGCCUUCCCCGACGAUGUCUUCCAGACUCUGAAACAAACACUACUGGGCUACAUCAGCUCAGAAUACACCUAUGGCUCAGCAGAAGCCUCCGCACCUUUCCUCCGCAACAAAUUCUCGCACACCCUCGCUCUAUUCUUCCUCGCCACCUACUCAGAACAAUGGACGUCCUUCUUCGCCGACCUCUUCGCGCUUAUGCGUCCAGCAGAAGCGUCGAGCUCGUCCAACGCCGUCGCGUUCAACACCCACGUAUCCUUGUUAUUCUUCCACAUCGUCCUCGAGAUCUCGGGCGAAGUCGCCGAUACGAUCCUCAAAGUCGCUCGUACGUGGACAGAAGAGCGUCAUCAGCGCGAUGGACGCGUCAGGGACGCCGUACGCGAGCGCGACGCGCCGCGAAUUAACGAGGCCGUGCUCACGAUCGUGGCGGAUGCCGCUGGGCGCAUGGAGAGGCUGCGAAAGGAAGGAGGGAGUCAGAAGGAGCUCGGAGAGGCGGUUGAAGUCGCCGGGACUGGCAUGCGCACUUUCGCGUCGUACGUCGGAUGGGUCGAUAUCAAUCUCACCGUCACGCCGAGCACCAUCCCGCUCAUCUUCACCCUUCUCUCCGAUCCCGCCAUUCCCGUCCGCAUCGCCACUUCCAACGCUCUCAUGCGUAUCCUGUCAAAGGGAUUGAAGGAGCCCACGGACAAGUUGCAGCUUAUGAAGGUCUUGUCGUUGGGAGAUGUGCUGGCCGCUUUGGAAGAGCGGACGCGCGCGGAACAGGCUGCGCGUAAGGGCGAUGAGGAUGAGGACGAGGAGUCGUACAGGGAAGCGCUGGGACGACUGCUCAAUGUGCUCGGUGGAGAGUUGGUCAACUUACUCUCGGACACUACACCAGAAAACGUCCGUGCAGAAGCCUACCAAAUGCUCCAACAGCUCCUGCCCGUAAUGCUCCGUUUCAUGGCGGACGACUACGACGACACCUGCUCCACCAUCUUCCCUCUCCUCUCAUCCGUGCUCUCCUUCUACAAGAAGUCCCGCAAAUCCCUCUCGGAUCCACUGGAACCGGAACGCCUCACCUUCCUCGCCUCCCUUCUCGGCGUCAUCCUACAAAAGAUGAAAUGGGACGAGUCGGAGGAUAUCGACGAUAUGGACGACGAUGACCGCGGCGCGUUCGAAGUUCUCCGCAAGGACCUGCGAUCGUUCAUGGACUCUGCUUUGGCGCUGGACCCAGAUAUGGUGGCCCAAGUUGUGCGAACGCAGGCUCUGGAAACAUUGUCAGCAUACAGCAACGGCCAGAACGUCAAGUGGAACGACGCUGAGCUAGCCUGCUACCUCAUCUACAUCUACGGUGAGAUCAACAAGUCCGGCGCCAAAGGCCGCGCCGCAUUCGUCCAGGCACCCGCCGUCGCAAAAGAGCAACGCAAGAUCGUCGACUAUACCGCCUUCCCUCUGACAUUACAAGGAGAACUCGUCUCCGCGUUGAUCGAGUCUCGUAUCUCCGCAUACCCGCAUCAGGCCGUCGCGAUGCAGGUCUUCGAGUCCUUCGCGCGCUACACCGACUUCUUCAAGGUUCGCAAGAACUGCAUCGUUCCGGCCUUGGAAGCCAUGGUCGACGCACGAGGUCUGCACAACCAGAACAAAGCCGUCCGCUCCCGCGUCUUCUACCUCUUCUACAAGUUCCUCACGACCUGCCGCGGCGAGAUCCCCAUCGAACUCGUCCCCACCCUGCUCAACAGCAUGCGCGACGUCCUCUCCAUCCAAAUCGACCUCCCCGAGCCCGAACCGAACGAGGAACCCUCGCCCCUCGCCCUCCUCGCCGAAGCAGCCUCCGCACAAGACCCCCAACUAUACCUCUUCGAGUCCGUCGGCAUCCUCGUGUCCAUGCUCUGGAAAACGCCGGAGCAGCCUGAGGUUCUCUUGUCGUUUGUCCGUCCAUUACUGGAUCUGCUUCAGUCGGAUCUGCGCUCUGUGAAAGGCGUAGGGGGGAUGCAAGACGUGCUCCCUCUACUCCGUAUCCACCACGUCGUCAUGGCCCUCGGCAACAUCGCGCGCGGCUUCCCCGACUUUCCCAACCCGAUACCCGAAGGCUACGUCUUCCAGUGCCUCGGCAUCUUCCGCGACAUUGCGCAGGCGAUCUUGGUUAGUUUGGAAGCGAUGAAGGUGUUCAAAGUCGUGAGGGACGCUUCGAGGUUCGCUUUUGCGCGGAUCAUCGCGACUACGGGGACGCAGAUCACGGACCUGAUUCCCCCGCUCAUGGUCAAUCUCCUUACGGAGUUCGAGCCGAGCGAGCUGGUCGACUUUAUGAACUUCUUGAAUCUCCUUAUCCAUCGGCUUCAGGGCGACAUGUUCGAUGUGCUGGACGAGCUGUUCACUCCGCUUACUGUGCAUAUCGCCGGGAUCAUGUCCCAGCCUGUCUCUGGCACGGACGACGCUCUCGCACGAGGCGAGACGAAACGCGCAUACCUCACCUUCCUCACCAACGUCAUGUCGUCCAAACUGCAAGGCGUAUACCUCUCGGACCGCAACAAAGCCCGCUUCGAGCAGGUCCUCCAAUCCAUCCUCGAGCUCGGCGGCGACCUCUCCGACCCCGUCAGCCAAAAGCUCGCCUUCACCUUCCUCAACAAGAGCGUGACCCAGUGGGCCUCUCUAUCCGACUCGCCAACAACGAAUGGAGAUACCACUUCUACGCCAUCAACAUCCGUCCCCGGCUACGAACGUUUCGUCUACGACUCCGUCAUCCCUCUAUCCUUCCGCGUUCUCAGCGCGCCCGAGCUGAACGUCAAAGACGGACAAGUGCUCGUUCUGUUGCAGGAGAUCGCCAGUACGCUUCAGGCCGCGUUGAAGGCGCGCAAACAGGAGGCGUACGAGUUCUUCGUGAACGCGUUCUUGCCGGCUCAAGGGUGGCCGGCGGAGACUGCUAGGGAGUUUACGGCGAAGAUGGGCGAGUUGGAUAACAAGGCUUUCAGGAAGUAUUUCUCGGAGUUUGUCAGGUCUUCGAGGCAGGGUUCAUAA